GCAAACGAACAAACUGCAGCCGUUAUCCCACAAGGAAACAUAAUAUUGAAUAAAAUAAGCAGCGAUAAUUUAGCGUGUUUUUUCUACGAGGGAAUUAGUCGAAGUUUAUAUGGCUGGAUAGAGGAUAAAGGAAAAUAAUGCAAGAAAAGCAGUCGUGUGCUCGGACUUUGGCAUAGCACCAGAAACAAGACAAUAUUUAGUAUAAAACGGGAUUAAAUAAAAUAAUAUAGAGUCGGGUUUCAUCUCGGUUCACACUCCAUGCCAGAAGGUGGCGGUAUUGCACACCAGAAGGUUGCUUGCCAACUAUCAAUAAACCAAAAAAGAAGAAAAAGACAAAACGGCGUUUGAUGGCGGGGACGUUAUUGUGUUUUUUAUGGUUCUUUGCUCUUAAUCAGUGCGUACAUGUACCCAUACAUGUUUUUUAAUAAAGUAAACAUCUUUAUUAACUGUUUGUAUACGGAUAUAUUAGUCUGAGCACAUUGUGACGCUUUGUUAUCUUAGCUUGGAGUAUGCUUAGCUUGCUAGUUAGCUUAGCUUGUUAGCUGCUAACAAAGAGAGGUGGAAGUUAUCAACACAUCGCUAAGCAGAGAUCAAGUGUGAGUGUAAAGUGUUGUGAUUGUGUGAAAAUGUGCGAAAGAAUGAUAGCAGUGUACGAGGAGGAACUUUGUCCAACAAAAGAGGAGAAGGAGCGACAACAUCAACUACUGGACGCUGUUCUCAAGAAACAUGAAGUUGUGUUACACAGAAGAGACAUCCAGCAGCCCCCCCACUCUAAAGAGGAAGACGAGGAAGUGUGGAUCAGUCAGGAGGGAGAGUGUCUUCUAGGGCAGGAGGAGGCUGAUCUCGCCAAGUUUCCACUGACUGUUGUCUCUGUGAAGACUGAAGACCAUGAAGACAAACCACUUGAGUCCUCACAUCUUCAUCACAGUCCAAACAUCCAGCAGCUGAUUGGAUAUCAGGAAGAACAUGUCCCUCGAUUGGAUGGGGCGCGCUUCACUUUGGAUCAGGAAGCUUCACAGCCCCUGUAUUUUAAAGAAAAAGAGAAGGAGCCACAGCUCUCACAUUUUAAAGAGGAAGAGGAGGAGCCGCAGCCUUCUCGUCAUGAAGACAACUUUAAUGAGCCACGAUGUCAUUUUAAAGAGGAAGAAGAGGAGCCAAAGCCCCCUCAUGUUAAAGUAGAAGAAGAGGCGCCACAUUACACUUUUGUUAAAGAGGAAAAUGAGGAAGUGUGGAUCAAUCAGGAGGGAGAGUGUCUUCUUGGCCAGGAGGAGGCUGAUCUCACCAAGUUUCCACUGACUGGUGUCUCUGUGAAGACUGAAGACCAUGAAGACAAACCACCUGAGUCCUCACAGCGUCAUCACAGUCCAAGUGAGGAGAAGAGAGAGAUGGAACCUUCUAGCAGCAGCUCAACUCAACACAUGACCCCAGAAGCUGAUGGAGACCACUGUGGAGGACCACAAGCAGACAAGCUCCUAGCUCCACUAUCAGAUAGUGACGACAUAACAUCAGACGUUGAUGUAAACAUGGAAUCACACCGAAGAACACACGCUGGAGAAAAACCAUUCAGUUGUUCAGUUUGUGCAAAGGGUUUUGUUGUAAAAUCUAGUUUGACAAGACAUAUGAGAACACACGCAGGAGAAAAACCUUUCAGUUCUUCAGUUUACAGUCAAAGAUGCUCCAGCAAAAAAGAUAUGCAAAGACAUGUGAGGACACAUAUUGUAGAAAAAAUGUUUAGUUGUUCCGUUUGUGGUAAAACUUUUGUCAGAAACGUCGAUUUGUCUAAGCACAUGAGAACACACACAGGGGAAAAAUUAUUCCGUUGUUCAAUUUGUGGUAAAAGAUUAGCUGACAAAUGCAGCAUGCAUAUGCACAUGAGAACGCACACGGGAGAAAAACCUUUCAGUUGUACAGUGUGUGGGAAAAGAUUCCCUAACAGAAGUAACACUCAAAAACACAUGAGAAGACACACGGGAGAACAACCUUUCAGCUGUUCAAUUUGUGGUAAAAGAUUCUCUGACAGAAGUAAUAUUCAAGCACACAUGAGAACACACACAGGAGAAAAACCUUUCAGCUGCUCAGUGUGCGGUAAAAGAUUCUCUGUCAAUAGUAGCAUGCAAAUACACAUGAGAACGCACUCAGGAGAAAAGCCUUUCAGCUGUUCAGUUUGUGCUAAAAAAUUCUCUGUCAAAUGUAGCAUGCAAAGACACAUGACAACACACACGGGAGAAUAACUGCUCCUUUUUGGACUUCCUCUUUUAAAGGACCCAAUAGUUAUUAAAGGGCUAUUUCAGGGCUUCUCUAAAGUCCAGACUUCGGUCCAGAUUAGCCCGUCAGGACUCAGCCACCCCACCUAAUGCCAUGAAUUACAAAAUACUAUCACGUUUUUUGAAGCGCUUGUUCACAGUAAAUCAAUAGGUGAUUUUUAAUUUUAAGUUAAAUUGUUUUAAGAUACAAUUCACGAUGAUUUGUAACUUGCCUAAAAUAAAACGUUUCAAGUAAAAAAUGUAGUAGGAUUACAGGCUAGCUUAUGUUACCAUUAGUGGUUAAACAGAACAUAUAUAUUUUUAAAUAUUUGUACUUUUCACAAUUAAUUAUUAUAUUGAAUAAAAACCGCAGUCCAAAAGAAGUAGCUAACUAUUUACAGUCAUGUUGUUGUAAUGAUAGAAUGUAUGUAUAAACAAUGAUAGAGCAUGUUAGCUAUCCGAAUCGAUAUUAUUAGCUUACAAUCAAUCAGUCAAUCAAAGUUUAUUCAUAUAGCCGUAAAUCAGGAGUGUCUCAAAGGCCUGCACAAGCCACAACGACAUCCUCGGCUCAGGUCCCACAUGAGGGCAAGGAAAAACUCUACCUUAUGGGCUACAAUGAGAAACCUUGGAAGGGACCGCAGAAUGUAUUUGGACUGCCAAAGCAGACUAUCAGUUAUUGUCCGCGAUGUACACUUUUGUAAUUUGGCCACCUGUCUUGACUCACAUAUGAACUUGAAGUACCAUCCCAUUCCUAACCCAUAGGUUUCAAUAUUAUGUCGGUCCACCUCUUGCAGCUAUUACAGCUUCAACUUUUCUCGGAAGGCUGACCACAAGCUUGCGGAGUGUGUUUAUACCAUUCUUCUAAAAGCGCAUUGGUGAGGUCACACACUGAAGUUGGUCGAGAAGGCCUGGCUCUCAGUCUCUGUUCCAAUUCAUCCCAAAGGUCGGGCAUGUGAUUUUUCCGUCUAAAGUCGGAAUUCUGUCUUUUUUAAUCUCGGGGGGGGAGUGUUCCUUGUGACCAAUCAGGACAUCUGUUAUGAAUGAUGACGUUAUUACCGCCAUUUUCCAAAUGUAAACGAUGUCGGUUAUCGAGAGAAAGGAUGCUUCACGAGUAAAAGAAAUUGAUAAACAUGUCUAAAAUAAGUUUCGAUGGGACUGGAUGGAAAGGGAAAUCACUGAUACUGUUGGGAAGAAGGAAGUUACGACUUUGUUCGGCGAUUUUAUUCGGAAAAUCGAUUGUCCCGGAAAAGUUUUGUGCACGUGGUGUCAUUGUGAAUUAUAUUUAUAUAGCGCUUUUCUCUAGUGGCUCAAAGCGCUUUACAUAGUGAAACCCAAUAUCUAAGUUACAUUUAAACCAGUGGGGGUGGCAUUGGGUAAAGUGUCUUGCCCAAGGACACCACAGCAGUGACUAGGAUGGCGGAAGCGGGAAUCGAACCUGCAACCCUCAAGCAUGAUAAUAUUGACUAUGGAUCACAAUGUUUCAAGGCUUUGGAAGUACAUGCGAAACGCCAAAAACAUGAAACAACUUGAAGCAAGGAAAACAAACUUUUCCCUAGCUGGUACUUUUGGAUGUCAACCGAAAGUGAGCAAACCUUACGGACUUCAUCCUUUGUUUACUACGACAUCUGCCGUAGACAUCGAGAGGAAAGAUCCACCCAAACAACCCACUUCAGUUGCAGACAGGGUAGUUAAUAAGGAGGUAAGCUAAAAAAAAUGUUUGCUUGCGAAAUACGCAUGUUUGUUUUAAAUUUUAACCAAUUAUUGCUUUGCAAAAUAUAAAUGGGUUUUUCUAAAAAGAAAAAGCCACGUGAAAAUAUAUUAUGAAAUUAUAGAAAUUCAAAGAGUCUCAUUAUUGAUUCCAGUUAACAAUUUAUUUGAAAUAAAUUUGCAUAUAAUACUACAGGCAGAAGUUGGCAGGUAAAUCCAAAAAAGAAGCUACAAAAGCAGAGACCAAAAGGAAAAUGCAGGCUGCUCAGAAAUGUGCAAGGAAAGCUCAUGUUAGGGCUCUCCUAACAAGUAAAUGUGUGAAGUGAACUGAAGUAAUGCAGUAAUACUGUAAAUAAACUGUAGAUAAUCACACUGAUCAAUGUGACACCUGUGGACGUGAAAUGAACACAAGAUGUAAAUAUUAGUGACUAAAUACUGUUGGGACUGAGCCAUAUACAGUGAUUCAUUAGGAUAAUUGAGGUAUGUACAGUAUGUUCUAUUAAUGAUGUUUUCAUGUCUUUAAACACUAAAACAUUUCCUUCAAAUGGUGCUGUCUAUGUUAAUUUUAGCAUGUUAAAUUGGUGAAAAACCAGGACCCUCUGACCCCCGGAAAUCUUUUCAGUCUUUUUCAUUGUGGUCAAAUCACAUGCCUGCAAAGGUGUUCUAUCAGGUUCAGGUCAGGACUCUGUGCAGGCCAGUCAAGCCUCAUACAAAAUGUGACUGGGCCAGUACAUUUGUUUUUAUAGGGGAAAAACGGACGAGACUGCAGGUUGUAGAGGACUCUAAAGGCAUCACGGAACACCCUUAACAUUGUUGUCCGGGUUAAAACCGGUAGAAUGAUCGCCCUGGGCGAUUAUAGGGAGGGGCACUGAUAUUCGUGCGUUUCCUGGAAAGAUCGUGGAAGUUGGCAAGUAUGUUGCUAGGGCGGGAAAGCCAUUCAAAGAAGGUGAACUCAUUAAAAAGUGCAUGUUAGACUUUUUAAAGAAAUAUUUUCUCGCGGCCCAGCCUCACCCAGUUUCUGCAUCCAGUGGCCCCCAGGUGAAUUGAGUUUGAGACCCCUGAUUCAAAUGAACUAACUAAAUAAAAUGAAAUACAAUAGAUGAAGUAACCAUUAUUUGUUGACAUUUGGUUUCAAAGCCAAAGGGAGCCACGGCAGAGGCAUGAAGGAGCCGCGUGUUGCAGACCCCUGGUUUAGAGUAUUUUUUUAAUACGUCCAUCUCUAUUGCGUAGGUUGACAGCUUGUUGAGUUCAAUAUUUUCAAAUGCCAAACUUGCAUAUUUUCCCUCUUACUGUCACAAAGCGGCGAGGGAAGUCCUGUUUUUGGGUUGUCUGGCAUUUUAUUUUGAAAGUCUAAUCCUCCUCUCGUUUCAGGCCACUUGCUCUUCCUCCUGUCUGAUGUCUCUCCUGAUUGCCUGAUUGUGCCCACCUGUGUCACCCUCCCUCAUGUGUAUAUAGUCCUCUCCUUCCCCUGUCUCGUCGCCAGAGUACAUCGUCUGAUCGUGUAUUGCAAGCCGUUGUCCACGGUCUUGUCCAAGUCGGUAAGUAUUGCCGCUCGCCUGUGUAUCGGUUGGGGACAUCUUUACGAUGCUGAUCCGACUCCGCUUGGGAUGGUUUCCUGUGGACGGGACUCUCGCUGCUGUCUUGGAUCCGCUUUGAACUGAACUCUCACGGCUGUGUUGGAGCCACUAUGGAUUGAACUUUCACAGUGUCAUGUUAGGCCUGCUCGACAAUCAUUGCUUUCGGUCCCCUAGAGGGGGGGGGGGUCCUCUCCAAGGUUCUCAUAGUCAUCAUUGUCACUGGCGUCCCACUGGGUGUGAGUUCUCCUUGCCCACUGGGUGUGAGUUUUCCUUGGCCUUAUGUGGGUUCUUCCGAGGAUGUUGUAGUGGUUUGUACAGUCCUUUGAGACAUUUGUGAUUUAGGGCUAUAUAAAUAAACAUUGAUUGAUUGAUUGAUAAGGAAGCGCAUCUGCCAACAGAAUCGCCGCACUUCCGUCGUCAGAGAUCAUUUCCGCCGUGUGGCAAUAUUUUGAUCAAUUAUCGGAAAAAAAGGUAUUUGUGUUAAUUUCCUUGUCGUUUCAUCCUGUUCUCUCAAAGUUUCUACUCGACCUGUUAGGUCUUUAAAGUACGUGUUUGUAUGUUAAACCAUUUCGGUAGCUCAGUUGGUAGAGUGGAGGGCUGUAGAUGCUCAUGCUGAGUUCCUUAGGGCACUGGUUCAAAUUCAGCUUGAUGGAUCACUCAUCACGAUUUUACCAUGAAUUGAUUAACUUGGACCCCGACUUAAAGGUCUACUGAAAUCCACUACUACCGACCACGCGGUCUAAUAGUUUAUAUAUCAAUGAUAAAAUCUUAACAUUGCAACACAUACCAAUACGGCCAGUUUAGUUUACUAAGUUACAAUUUUAAAUUUCCCGCAGAGUUUCCUGUUGAAAACAUAUUAGCAAGCAUCACUUGCGGCUGAAAGCCGUCUCUUUUCAUCGCGCAAUUACACAGUAUUUUGGACGUCUGUGUUGCUGAAUCUUUUGCAAUUUGUUCAAAUAAUAAUGGAGAAGUCAAAGUAGAAAGAUGGAGGUGGGAAGCUUUAACCUUUAGCCACACAAACACACGGUGUUUCCUUUUUAAAAUUCCCGGAGGUGAAGCUUUACUAUGGAUCAGAGCGGUCAAGCGGACAUGGUUUCCGACCACUUGUCAACUGGCAGGUUUCGGUGAGAAAAUUGUGGUAAAAAGUCGCCUCUUACCAUAGAUCAGCGGAGUUUGCGCCGUCCAUGCAGCUGCCGUGACUUCCCUCAGGGACUGGCGUCAACACACCCGUGGACACACACCUCCGACUAUCAGGUACUAUUUAACUCACUAAAACACUAGCAACACAAUAGAAAGAUAAGGGAUUUCCCAGAAUGAUCCUAGUAAAUGUGUCUAAAAACAUCUGAAUCGCUCCCCAUGCAAUCGCCUUUUUUUUAAAAACUUUAUUUAUUCAUUUAUUUUUUUCUAGUCCUUCACCAUCAAUAUCCUCAUCCACGAAUCUUUCAUCUUCGCUCAAAUUAAUGGGGAAAUUGUCGCUUUUUCGGUCCGAUUAGCUCUUAAUGCUGGAGGCUCACAUUAUAAACAAUUUGAGGAUGUGAGGAGCCCUCACAUCGGUGACUUCAUCGUCAGCUACUUCCGGUAAAGGCAAGGCUUUUUUAUUAGCGACCAAAAGUUGCGAACUUUAUCAUCGAUGUCCUCUAUUAAAUCCUUUCAGCACAAAUAUGGCAAUAUGGCGAAAUGAUCAAGUAUGACACAUAGAAUGGACCUGCUAUCCCCGUUUAAAUAAGAAAAUCUCAUUUCAGUAGGCCUUUAAACAAGUUGAAAAACUUAUUGAGGUGUUACCAUUUAGUGGUGAAUUGUAGGGAAUAUGUACUGUACUGUGCAAUCUGCUAAUAAAAGUUUCAAUCAAUCAAUCAACAGUGCGUAUUCAGAGCGCAUGUAAAAAAAAAAAUAAAAAAAAAUCCCAGCCCACAAGUA